AUGGCGAGUUCCUUACGACUUUCGAGGCGACGACAAUGUUCUAGCUCAUUAUUCUCUUUCUGCGGCGGGCAAUUGACUGGCUCGAUAUCUGCGAUACUGGUUAUUUUGCUAUGUUUGGUGCAGCCGUCGUGGCAACAGAAAGAUCCUUUGAACGAUUUUUGUAGGAGAUGGGGACAUCAAACGACUGUCAUUGAUCGACAAUUAUUUAUCGAUGGCGGAAUGCUCGAUUGGAAUCCAUUGUCGCAGAAUCCAGCUAAUUAUUCAAAUUCUUGGCUUCUAUAUAAUGAUCUCGACACAAGUCCAGCGGGGCCAGGAAUGCCCCAGUUACACGCCAAUCUUUCAAAGAAUGCGUCGAUACCGAAUGUGAGCGGAGGUGUACUUUGGGGAGAUGAGGUCAACAAGAGAUUUUAUCUUUUUGGCGGCGACAACUUCGGCAGUUCACCAAGCGCACCCAAUCUUUAUUCGUACGACCUGCUGUAUAAUCAAUGGGAAAAUUUUGGUUCGCCUAAUGGUGUUUCGAGCGUUUCGUAUGGCAUGGGAGUUAGUAUAUCCGAGCUAGGGCAAGGUUAUAUGCUUGGUGGAUGGCAAAGCAAUGCUUCAAUUCCGGGAUGGACUGGACCGCCUCUCGCAACGAGCGGCUUGAUCAAGUAUGAUUAUCAGUAUGGAACAUGGACAAACAAUACUGGACCAGAUCAGAUUGGAAGAGCAGAGGGUGCCAUGGUGUAUCUCCCGGCGAGUCGCACCGGGAUUCUUGUCUACUUUGGAGGUAUACAAACGCCAUACAACAAUGAGACAAUAGUAGCAUCACCUAUGAACCAGAUUCAUAUUUACGACAUCCAAAGUUCUAUAUGGUACACUCAAAACGCAACUGGAGAUAUUCCUGGAGACAGGAGGAGAUUUUGCGCAGGUGCUACUUGGGCACCUGACCAGUCAUCCUACAACAUCUAUCUAUAUGGAGGUGCAGGCUUUGGAGCGAAUUCUUCAGGAUACGAUGAUCUCUAUAUUCUCAGUCUUCCUUCCUUCACGUGGAUUAAGUGGUGGGAAAACGCUCCAAGUUCCGCGAGACCACACAAUAUGUUGAGCUGUAACGUGGUCAAUGGAGCUCAGAUGCUUAUCGUGGGUGGAUCAUUUCCAAAAGAUCAGUCGACUUGCGAUAGUCAACCAUCUUGGGGAACGCAUAAUGUCAAUCUCAACGAACCAGCCCCAGGUCAGGCAUCAUUCAAUCCAUGGAAUACCUAUCAACCGGAUCUUACCUCAUACGCCGUACCUUCAGCCAUAAUUUCCGUCAUUGGUGGAUCUCCUACAGGUGGCGCAACCAUGCAAGCUCCUGCUACUGGGUUUCAAAACGGCGAUCUGAAUGUAUACUUUUCGCAAAAAGCAUCUGCCGUGAAUCGUACACCCACUAGAGCAAUUACCACUGCAACUGCUUCUUCAACAUCCAACCCUUCUGGAACCAAGUUGGGCCCUGGUGCAAUUGCUGGAAUUGUUGUAGGAAUAGUCGUUGUAAUUGUCGGUCUUCUCGUUGCAGGCUUAUGCAUCUUUCGUAUCCGUAAAAGUCGUGCUCACGUACCAGACGUCUCUGCGCCUAUUGUACCUGCAUAUAACCCUGGGAACGCAACCAAAAUGUACCCUCAACGACCAGAUCGUAGUUACGAUCCCCAAAAUCCUCACAUUGCGCAACAGCGGAGUACGUCAGCAUACCAAGUGCUUCCUUCACAUGCUCCCGAUCCAGUCGAGCUAUCCGGGACCAACUCGAGUUUAGGAAACUAUACAACAGUUAAUGCCGAUGGUAAUUCGAUUCAUAGUCCAAAUCCGGAUGGUGUACCUCCGUACACAAAUACCUGGCAACACCCAAAUUCACCGCCUCAGGAUCGGAAGAGUUUUAGUCAUACAUCUCAACAUAAUCAAUUUUCACCUGUUCCAACGGAAUUGGACGGCGAAAGUGCUAUAUUUUCUGCAUCUCCAACACCAACAUAUUCAACAUUAGGAAGAAUGACCUCGAAAAAGAUAACUCCAAUACACGAGACAUAUUAUUCUUCUUGA